UUCGACGGUCGAUUGAACCUAUAAGUAUACUGUUAUCGAACUUGUGUAUUUGUAGUGUUAAGUGUCCCCACAUCUGUCGCGGACGAUAUUGAUACAUAUGUAAGUCUAUUCAGGACACUGUUGUUCGUGUGGAUUAUAUAGCAUGUGGUCAUCGACGAACAAAUGUUUAUAAUCAGUGAGUAUGUAGGAUAUGUGGCCUACAAGGAAAGUGAUAAUAGUAUAACAGGGACGUCAUUAUCAACGGGACACUUUAACGAGACGGUUGUGUAAUUCUGGGAUUUGAUCUCCUGUCAACAUACUCUUGUAGAGAAUAAUGAAACGGAUACAUUUUAGUAUUUCUAAAAUCUUUACAGUUGGAAACAUACAGGUAAACUCUAGAAAUCUUAUUACAGUUGGAAACUUACAGGUAAACUCUAGUUAAUUUCAGAUAACUUUGAAAAUAGCAAUCUAUACAGUUUCUUCAGAAUUGAAAAUACGUAUCAGUGUGGAACGUUUGUCAUAAAGAAAAAUAAACACUUUUUCUUAACUUGAACCAAAAAGUUCUUAAAACAAUUGGUAUUGUGGCGGCGCGUGAAAAUAUGCCGUGGAAUUGUCCAAAUAUGGAAAAUUAUUCCGUGGAAUUGAACAGCAGAUGUCAGUACUAUAAUAUAUCUCAUCAACUCGAAAAUAUAAAUACAUCAAUAUCGGCAAUGAAAGAUAUACCACGUCACAUAGACAAUAACAUUUUUUCUAGAGGAUGACUCAAACAGCUGACUUUUAUUUUACUUACAUCUGGUAGAUUGUUUUUAUGAAAUACCAGGAGUGGGUUGUGUAGGGACCGAAUCAUGGACAGUAAUACAGAUACCAAACCAUUACAGGCGGAGGACACGCCAUAUGAUGAUACUUAUCAAAGAAAAACAGAAGAGGAUAGAUUUAAUAAAGAGGAUGUGUCUAAAUUCGAAACCAAACACAGUGAAUCUAGUCCGGAAAAAAGGACUGGUCCUGACAGUGAAUUUACUCAGGAAAAUAGGCCUGGCCCUGAGAAUGAGCAGCGCACGUGUUACAUUCCGCGGCGUUACGUGACGUCAUUUCUCACGGGACUUGGGAUGCUCCUGGUGUAUGCUAUGAGGACAAACAUUGGGCUGACGGCAAUCACUCUGAUCGACACAAGCUCAGCAGCAAAGGUCGAGGCCACAGAAAACUUGCCGACCUCGUUUUGGACUACCCGCAGUGUGGCGCUUCUACACUCAUCAUUUUACCUGGGAUACAUCAUCACACAUAUCCCCGCCGGGUACCUCACUGUAAUAUGGCCCUGUAACAGAAUAUAUGGGUUAUGUAUCCUGAUAUCUGCCUCACUAAACUUCCUGUUGCCUUAUACCAUCGACACCGAGAUGUACACCGUGUCAUGCGCAGUGCGGUUCGUCCAAGGUUUAAGUGAGGGACUGCUGUAUCCGUCCUGUUAUGGUAUAUUACGUCACUGGUCUACGCCAUCAGAACGAGGCAGGAUCGUCUCUGCUGUAUUGACAGGUUCCUAUGCAGCACCAGUCUUGGGCUUUCCAGUGGCUGGGUUCGUCACCCACUACAUUGGUUGGGAGUAUGUGUUCUACGUAAGCGGCGGCGCAUGCGUGGUUUGGUACGCGAUUUGGAUGUGUGUUAUUUCCGAAAAGCCCUCACAUGACCCGCAUAUCAGUGACGAAGAGCUCGACUUCCUCACUACGUCACAAGGGGACAGCUCUUUAGAUUACGAGAACAUGAAGAUACCAUGGUGGAGUAUUGUGACGUCACUUCCGGUUAUUGCGUUAUGCGCAUGUAAUAUUGCCCGGAACUGGGUUUACAUUCUGAUGCUCACAAACGAGCCAUACUACUUAAACAACUUCGAUUUCACUGUAGCUGAGAACGGUGUAUUAUCCUCUAUACCUCACAUCUUUAAAGUCCUGGCCGCCAUCAUCAGUGGGUUUAUUGCUGAUUUUGUGAUCGCGCGGAGACGUCUCAACACGACAGUUCUCCGUAAACUGUUGACCACACUGGGGUUUGGCGGUCAGUCAAUCUGUUUCCUGGUGCUGACGUUUACUGUAACGCCCUCGUGUGUGAUGGUCUUCCUGACCCUGGGGGUCGGGAUGUUCGGACUGUCCGUCUCAGGUUGGCAGAUCAACCACUACGACCUAGCACCGCGAUAUGCUGGUGUUCUUGUUAGUAUCACUUCCGCUUCCGGUGCCGCUGCCGCAAUAGUCGUCCCCAUUGUGGCAGGGGAACUAACUCUAGACAACGAGAUGUCCGGUUGGAACAAGCUGUUCUACAUCACCAUAGCUAUCGUCAUGACCGCUCUCAUUAUCUACUUGAUAUUCGGCUCUGGACAGGAACAGCGUUGGGCUCACCCUCCCCCAGAUAUAAAGCUGGUUCAGAAACAGGAUCCAUUGGCACGGAAACCGUAUAACUUCCGGUUACAGCAGCGAUUGUCCGUUACACCGGAAGUAACAAAAAUAGUUGGAAAUACUUACACGGAACACAGUCAACUUGUAAAAAGGACUGUUGAAAAUAUACCAGACAAAUAGUACUUAAAUAUGAAAACAGAAAGUGUUGGUCCAGAGUAUAGCACUAUAAACGACGUCACUUCCGGGAGUGUCCCUGCAUUUAUUGUCUAGGUUUCGACUCAACGUUAGUGUCGACGAACAGAACCUAGCGAAGAAGCAUAGUACUGAGAUAUGUAAUUCGAUGUAUUAUCUGGACUGUCAGAAAGCCACUCGGACUUCCCAUCAUUUUUUCGCGAG